AUGGGUGCCAAUCAGAGGUUUGACGUGACUGAAGACCGCCGACGUCACGAUCCUCUAGGUGACAGGGAUACGGCGAACAGGCAGGUCUCUGACGAUUUCAGGAGAUGCAUGCAUGAUGCAAUUUCAGAUGCCCAUGCGGCGACAUCCAGACCUGGUGAGAUCUUGAUGCCUUGGGAGCAGCCUAGCAUGAGUUGGAUCUUUGGAAGUGAUGGCAUUGAUGUGAUCCCCAACAUCCAACCAGUUGGGGACUAUGUUGAACCCUGCGAGCCUACGUCUGGGCCACAUCUUGAACCAGCGGCUGUGAUCCACAGCAAACCAACUUUUUACAGCGAUGCCAUUGCCUUCAACUCAAAGAGAGCUUGCCACCUCAGUGAAAGAUGCCAACUGGAUAUGCUCUCCCAAAGGUGGGAGUCACUGAUAUCAAUCAACUACUCGUCCUUUGACCUGGGUCUACAGGUGUUUGGCCUCCCUUAUCAUGAACGAGUGAAGAUCGUUGCAGAAGUCUUGGGGGGCAAGUCACCGGGUACGUUGACCAGGAGGCUCUCACAGAUCACGAGGUUUGUGAACUGGGCCCACAAAGAUGCCAAGCGGGAGCCUUUCCCUGUGUCGGCUGAGCUCAUCAAGGAUUACAUACGUCACUUGAGGAACAAUGGAGCGGGCCAUACGGCCUUCAAAGGCUUUGUUGAAGUUAUGAAGUUCAUGAAGCAUGUGGUUGGACUUGACUGUGAUAUGGCAGCCUUCGACUCAUUAUCCAUGCUUCACAGCAGGGCUCGUUUUGGAGACCUCAGACGCAUUGCGAAGGUGAUUGUCGACGAGGUCCAGGAGAACAAAGACGAGUCAUUGGGAUUCCUCGAGCUGCACUCAGAUUCACAUAAGAUGAGGGCAACUGGCAACCCACUGGGGGCCCGCUUGCCGCAGAUAGCUCCCAUCAAAGGAUUGGGUGACAGAGCCUGGGGUCGUGACUUCGUGGAAGUGGCAAGGAUGACUGGACUGAACCUCAAAGAAUGGAUCCCGGGCAGACCACUGUUGCCUGCGCCGACAGUCAUCGGUGACUGGUCUGACAGGUCAACAAAAGGGGCUCUUGAAGUGUACGCACGUGACUUGCAAAGUGCACCAUUGCGCGUGCUGGAGCUGAAGGACAUCAGACAUGGCAGGUUCUCCCCUGAUGUCACUAGAUCUGGACUCUUCACUCCAAUCCCACACGUGGGCCAUGCUGCCACGAGUGAGGUUGUGCCGACACCAACCUCGCCCUUGGAGGACAACCAGGAGCCGAUGGGUGGGGAUGACACAUCGUUACCCAGCAUGGGACAAGCGGAGACAGACCUGUUUGCCGCACCAUCAGAGGUUCCAAAUGCUCCCGAUGAGACUCUUGAGGUAGCUGACGCAGACUCAUCCUCCUGUUCGAGCGAGUCUGAGACAGAGCAGGUUAUCCUGGAGAUGGCCACCAGUGAGAGGCCGACCAACCAGUGGCACCCAGGCUGCGAGCUUUUUCAACAUUCCAAGUCGAAGUUGGUGCAUGCUUACUCGAAAUUUGGACAUCGCAGAGCCUUUGUCUGCGGCCGGGCCCUUACUGGAGAGUACAAGCGCUUCACUCGUGAGUUUUUCGUGGAGGCCACGAAGUGUCAGCAAUGCAACAAAGGGCAACAGCCUACAGCCGAAAGUGAACAAGUGGCCUCUGCCAGUGCGGCUGUGAAACGAGCACGGCACUCGUGA